AUGAGGAGUUUUAGAUACCUCCCCAUCGCUGGCUGCGUCGCCGCCAUCCUUGAGUGGAUCAAAAAUGCCAUAGAGGAGGCCCUUCAAUCGCCAUGGCUAUUUGAUCCAGCCAUUAUUCUUCCGAUUCCAAAGCCUGUAGAGGUUGUAGAGCAGCCAUCCUCGCCAACAGUAGCAUUGUCCCCCUCUCCCAAUGAGCAGCAUGAUUUUGAUAUUUUUCUGAGCUUCAGAGAAGAUGACACUCGGAAUGGAUUCACUGGCCAUCUCUACGAGGCUCUCUGCGGACGGGGCUUGAAAACCUGCAUAGACAAUGAAGAUUUGCACAGACAUUGUCAAGAUAUCCUUUUGAUGGCCACUGGCAUGCUUGUAAUGAGCUAUUCUGCACCAGCAACCCUAACAGCGAAAGCUGCCCAUGAUCACCACUGCUAUGGCAGAAGCCGGAAAGUGGGGACGAAUAUUAUAGUCUCCGUGCCAGAGAAUGGAGGUGUAGUACUCUCCGGGAAAUACUCAGAGACGGGUCAGGCAGCUGUGGAGGGGCUGUAUCCAUGGUCCUCUGGCAAGCGGCUAACGGUGGCUGGGCCUUUCCAACCUGCCGAGUGCUCGGCCGGGAGGCUGAUCAUUCCCAUCUUCUUCGGCGUCGAGCCUUCUCAUGUUCGUCACCAGGCUGGGCCUUUCCAACCUGCCUUUAAAUCAUACCACAAUGACAAGAAAGUGGACAAAGCAGAAGUGGACAAGUGCAGAGAUGCCUUCAAGACAGUAGCCAAUAUUUCAGGCUACAGCCUCAAGGAUGAUGCCACUUGGCAUGAAGCAAUGCUGGUCGAGAAAGUUGUCCACCACCUCCAGCGGCAUCUAGACAGUGACCAUCUGUUUUUGGCAGACAAUCCGGUUGGAAUGGACUCUCGCACCAAGGACAUGAUGAAGCUGCUGCAAAUUGAAAGAAAUGGUGUAAAGAUUGUUGGAAGGCAACUCAUGGAAGAGAUCAUGGACGACAGAGUCACACAAAUACACAACCUUGAUGCUGGGCAGCGCCUGUUCAGAGAUAGAAUUCCUCCUAAAAAAGUUCUAAUAGUAUUGGAUGACGUUGACCAUCUGAAUCAAUUGGUUCUAAUUGGUGUUAGACAGCGGUUCGCAUCGGGAAGUCGGAUAAUUACGACAACCAGAGAUGAAAGUGUGCUAUCACUGUGUAAGGUCGACAGGGACGGUACAUACAAGCCAGAGCUGUUGGAUCGUGAUCAAUCACUCCAUCUCUUCAGGAGAUAUGCUUUUCAGAGCAGUCAUCAACAACAAGACAUGUACAAACCGGACAUGUACGAGGACAUACAAUGGAAGGUUGUUGCAGUCACGGGUGGGUUGCCAUUGGCCCUAAGAGUUUUUGGAUCGUACCUCUCUGAUAAGAGCGACCGGGAUGAAUGGAAAGUUAUUUGGAUAAGCUGCAACAGACCCCAGAUCAAGACAUCCAGAAAUGUUUGCAAAUAA